AUGGCAGCCCCACGAUCAACCUCCAUCCGUGCCCUGCGCUUGCUAGCCAAACAACAUGCGCCAGAGCCCUCAGCCCUGGCCAGCAUGGCCCCUUUCCGCCGCUCAUUGCACAUUACCGGAGCUUUCUCCGCACAACCCGCCCGCGGCCCAGAUGUCAACGCCAUCUACCGCUCGCGCACCCUAGGUGAUCUGCUCGCUGAGUGCGAGAGGAGAAAUCUCAGGCCUGGAGGAACUAAGGCUGAGCUCGUGGACCGCCUAGCAAAUCAUGACAUUCUCCAAUCACGCGCGUUCAGCAUUGCCAUGAGGAAGAUUGACAGUCGCACUGUGGAUAGUAAAAGUCCAACCCGCAGCUUCAAUACCUCCCGCGCGCACAAAGCCGUCAAUGACAACUCCACCAUCGAUUUCGCCUACAUGCCGCAGGGUAUCGACUUCCCUCUCUCCUCCGCUACAAACGACACCCCCAUCCCAAUCCUCCCAGACGCCUUCUCACACUACCAACUCAUCUCCAACGAUAACGACAGCAACGGUAGAAAUCCAAUGAAGCCCCAAAUCUACAACGUCUCCGGCGACGGCGCGGAGGUCAGCCCCAUGAGCGAGGUUGUGGAUAACCAUGCUGUGGAGUUUGAUCCGUUUGAGCUUACGGAGACAGUGAGGAGGGCGAGGGGGAAUAUGGGGGAUGCGGGGGGAAUUGAGGGGACGGAGGGGACGAAGGAUGGGACGGUUAUCGGGGUUGCAAGACAGUUGUGGGAGGGGAUUGUGGAGGAUUUGCUGGGGAAGAGUAUUGGUAGUGGCGGUGGGCAGGGGUUAGAAGGUAGGAAGAAGGUGGGAGGAUGGUGA